UAGUCCAGACUCUUAAGCCUACUGGAUUUAUUUAUGUGAUGAAGGAUGUGUGCAUUGUUCACAGGUCACACAAUUCUUGUCUCUGAACUGGGACUAUGAGUUAUUGGUUCCCUGACUCUGCUGCUGUUUCAUAGACUUAGCUGACUUUGGAGAUACAGAUCCCAUUCAAUGCUUGCUAAAAAGCAAGUGCAUGCAUACUCGGGUCGCCACUGUGCAGCUACAAACAAUGAUGCGGAGAAUAUUGCAAGUGUUUACACAUUCUGGACACGUUGCAGGCACUGUGGCCAGUGGUAUAAAUACUUGAGAAAAUAUAUAAAUACAGUUAUGUACUGUUCCAGUUGCCGGAAAUCUUAUGUCGCCUGCAACAUGAGGUGUGAUGGAGUGCCACCUAGUAGUUCAACUGCUGGCAGAAAGGAAUUUCAAUAUCAAGGGAUGUAUAAUACAUCUCGGCAAAAUGCUUCUACAGGAGCAGAAUCAGGCGGUUCAGCAGCUGAGAUGGGUAAGAAUGGGACAGCUGGAAAGAAACUCAACAAGAAGAAUCAAGAAAAACAGAAAAAAGGUGCUGCUAACAGGGAACCCAAGAAAGACGAGGGUUGUACAGAGAAUGACGCUGAAGGAAGAAACCCCCAGAAUAGUGAGACAGCGACGAAUAAUUCUGCUGAAAUACCUAAGGCUGAUGUAUUGAAGCCGCAGCAUCAGGUAAAAAAACCACAUACUAGUGCAGCAAAGUCAAUACCUGAUUUAUCAGCUCCAAAGAAGAACCAGGCAGCCAAAAAGAAGAGAAAAGCUGUUGAGGAAUCCUCUAAAAGUUUUGAGGUUGAUAGCUCUGCUGGGGCUAAAACAGAUACACAUGAAUAUAAUAAGAGGAAGUCAUCGAGGAAAAAGCCACAGGUUUUUUGCACAAAGGGUGGAAGCGAUGGUGAUUUUGUCAGCCCUCCAAAGAAAAAGACAAAAUCAGGUUGUGAAUUCGAGUCUGAGUUUGAUACGAAGCAAACGGCUGAGGAUAAUCAGUCAUCUGAACUGGCUGAUUCUCCUUAUAAAGGAAAGGCCAAGAAAAACGUGCAUUCUGGAAAUGAAGAAAUCUUGUCAUGCAAAAACAAAGUUUGUGAAGGCUGUGAUGGUAAUGGAGAAGAUGCAGCCUUGUUGAGCAAGAUUGGUAGAGUUGAAAAAGGAUACAAAGUUAAUGAAAAUCCUAAUCCGCUUGAUAUACCUGAUCCAGAGUUCAGUGCGUUUAAAGUUGAACGGAAUACAGGAGAUUUUGCUGUCAAUCAAGUGUGGUCUACUACAACUGAUUCUAGAGAUGGUAUGCCUCGGAAAUAUGCUCGGGUAAAGAAAGUGCUGAUUGGCGAGUUCAAGCUGUGGAUUACCUACCUUGAUCCUGUACUGGAUAAGAAUGAUGAAAGUAUUCCAGUUGCUUGUGGAAAGUUCAAAAAUGGGAAAACAGAGGAAGUUGAGGACCGCUCAAUCUUUUCAGGUCAAAUGCAUCACUUGUCUUGCAACAAAACUGUUUUCAUAUAUCCAAGGAAAGGGGAGAUAUGGGCUAUUUUCAGAGAAUGGGAUGCGGAAUGGAACACUAGUCUAGAAAAGCAUAAAUUACCAUAUAAGUAUGACUUUGUGGAAAUUGUCAGUGAUUUUCAUGAUCUUAAAGGUGUUGGAGUGGCCUAUCUGGGAAAACUUAAAGGGUCUGUUCAGCUAUUUCACUGGGAGCCGCAGAAUGGAAUUUGCCAGAUUCAAUUUACUCCGAAAGAUAUGCUUAGAUUUUCUCACAAAGUACCAGCAGUCAAAAUGACUGGAAAAGAGAAAGAAUGUGUUCCACCUAACUCAUAUGAACUGGAUCCUGCUGCAUUACCUAAAGAUAUAUUUCAGGUUGAUGCGGUUGAUAUGGAGAUGGAUAGUGAGAUCCUGAAAGGUAAACCUGACGGCCCUGUUCCCGAAGCUUCCAAGGUUGGAGCGAAGGCCAAGCCAGUUCCAGAGACCGCACCAUCUCCAAGGAAACGUCGAAAAUCUGAUGAUGACAUGGGCGUAUGCAGUAAUGUUGGGGAAGUCAUAGGUGGAACGAACAGAAGCCAUAUUUUUUCUUCUUGUGAAGUUGAUGAAAAAAAGAACACACCAAACAAGUCCAGAGAGGAUGGUGAGGCCACAGAUGUUUUCAAACUUGGAAAAUCUCCUCGUCUUCAAACAAUUCCAAGCCAACAAGAAGAUGAGAAGAAAAGAGCUAAACAAGGUAACAAGAUGAAUACCCCAAAGAAAAUAGAGCAACAAACCAAUGAGCUUGGUGUCAUGCAUAGAAAGAAGAGAGAUUUGGCACUGAUUCUUGACAAGAUUGAAGAAUCUGGCAAACAGCUUGCGACGGUAGAUGGGCAACUAGAGUCGCGACGGAAACUGCUUAAGAUUCGGUCAUUUAAGUUAUUUACUGCGAAUAAGAAGUUGGUAUGUGUGAGAAAAUCCAUCAGGCUUUCCUGUUCUGACCUUAAGCAGAAAGAAAGGAUGAUACAUUCUUUAAACAACAGGGUAACAGUUUGUGGUAAUACAUUUGACUCGAAAUCCAAAGAAUUAGGAGAAAUCCAAAAGCUGAUUGAUCAACAUACCAAUGAGCUUGUUGUCUUGCGUACUCAGCGUGAUUCUAUCUGGCAGUUAAUCAAGGGACUAUCUGAAGAGCUUGUUGCUAAAGAGAUGGAGUUGGAAUGUGUUCUAGAAUCAAGCAAGGACUUCAAAUUUGACAUUGAUGUCAAAGAAAAGAGAGUCCAAGCAUUAAACAAUCUGAUAACGAUCUCCGGCGAACAGCUUAACAUGAAAUCUAAAGAGUUGGCUGAAAUUCAAAGAGAGCUCGACUUGAAGAAGAAACGGCUGAGACAUAUGAGCAAUGUUUCUGUUAAGCAUGAAGAGCAGCCAGCUGCAGCAGAAACUGCACUGUUUAGUGAAGAUGCUCUCAUGCAUCCUGAAUUCCCACCUUCUCUUUUGCGUGAUGAAGUUGCCGAUCUUCUUAGAGCUUCACCUAAUCCAGCAGAAUUUGUUCUGGAAGAUGUGCAGGAACAUAUUAGUGGAGAAUUGGGAUUACAAGAUGACUCAUUGCUUGAGAUCUUGGUUUUUUGUUUGGAGGAGCUCAUAGAAAUUCAGCGACCAGAUGAUCCUCAACUGCAGGACAAAGCCACACAAGUGGCAACUAUAUGGAAAGGGAAGAUAAUCAUCGAAGCUCCGAAAUCAUCUCUUGAGGCCUUAGCCUUUCUUCUGUUCAUUGUGGCAUAUGGAUUAAAGAAUUUGAUCAAUAACGAAGAAGCUGCUCUACUUGCUCCGUCUAUUGCUCAUUACGAACAGGCUCCAAGACUCUUCAAAUCUCUUAGUCUCAACCUUGAAAUCCGAAAGUUUGCUAAAGAGCUCAUCAAGAAAGAGCAAUAUAUUCCUGCAGUCCGGCUUAUAUGUCUGUUUGAGCUUAAUGAAGAGUUCUCACCCUCACACUUGUUAGAGAAAGAGAUCAUCAAUUUAAAAUGGUCUGUCCUGGGAAAAAGACCAACGGAAUCCUCCCAGGCUAAAGAAAAGGAUGCAGGAAGACUGAGGGCUAUACUUGAACUUGUGGCAGAUUAUAAGCUCGAAAUCAAUAUCCCAGGGUACCUCAUUGCCAAGCUCAUGAUUCAAAGAGAAAACUCACCCCCUCUAGUUCGUUGCUCUGUGAAGCAUGGCACUUCCUCAACAAAUCCACAAGCUAAUUCUCCUAAUCCGGCUUCUGCUCACCGUUCUCCUAAUCCGGCUUCUGCACAAAGUUCAAGCGUGAAUCCUCAGGUUCCUAAACCAGAGUCGAAAGAUACAUUGUUUGAUUUAAGUAUAACGACUAAAAGCCCAAUGGGUCUCACUCUUUCAAAGAAGCCCGUUAAGCAAUCUUUCCAAUUCUCUCAAGUCACAACGGCAACAAUCUCAGGAGAAAUUCUAUUGUUGGGGCUCACUGAUUUGAAGAGAAAGAAUCUCCGAAAAUCUAUGGAGAAACUCAAAGCUGAUGCUUCCGAAAUAAUCAUCUACGUCCGUCAAUUGAAAGGUUUACUCAACCAUAUUGGCAUGGCUGAAGCCAACAUUGGGAAGAGGUCUCGAGAGCUGGACUUAAAGGAAGAGGAACUGCAAAUUUUGAGCUCAGACCUUGAGCAAAAGAGUCAAACUUUUGAAGCAGAGAAGUCUGAAGCUGGUGAUUUGAAGAAAUUGGUGGAAGAGUGUACUGAAGAACUGAGGUCAAAGAGGAAUCUACUCACUGUGAGGCUGGAUUCGUUGACAAGGGUUCAGAGAGAGCUAGAUUCAAAGGAUAAUCAAUUGGGACAGGUUAUGGCUGAGAUUAAGAGGCGUUGCAGUGAGGCUCGUAAUGUUGAAGAGCGUAAGAGAGAAGUGGAAGAUAAAACAGCUAGAAAGAAGAAAGAGUUGUCACUGAUUGUUGAGCAGAUCGAAGAAUCUGGCAAACAGCUUGAGAAGAAGUCUCGAGAAGUAGAGUUGAAGGAGAAGGACAUUGAAGAGAACAGAAAAGAACUUGAUUUGGUUAAGAGUCAAGUCAAAGCAUGGGAAAAGAAACUCAUUCAGCUUAGGAAAUUGGUUGAUGAUGAUUGUACAAGAGAACUAAGUCCAAGGAAAGAUCAUGUGGAUUCGUCGAACAACACUCAUGUGAAACUGACGAAAACCGUGCUUGUGAAACAUAGUGGUGUAGAGGAGGAGAAUCAUGGCAAGCUUUCUUCUCUUUUCCCUUGUUCAUUAUGAUAAACACAAAUGUUCAGUUAAUGUAAUGCUUAUUACUUAAGUUUCAGGUUUUACUUUGCCAGUCAAAGUUGUUAUGAUGUCAUCAUCUGAUGUUAGUUCCAUCAAUGAGCCCCAAGCAUCCUCCACUCUUCUACACACACCAGAGGAAAGAAACGCUCAAAGACCCU